AUGAAUCCUCUGAGCAUUUUCCUACUGUCUAUUUUUUCUAUCAAAGCAGCCCUUGUGCUCGCCAUUUCGACGCAUGAAGUUCUGAAUGACAAAAGAAUUGAGUUUAAAAAUAAUGCCAAACGGAUUAUCAAUGAAUCAUAUUUGGUGGAUAAGAAUGAGAAGCUGUUGGGAAGUUCGUUGAGGACAUACAAGUACUACUUGAUAAAAAGUACAACUGAAUUUAGGGCUAUCUUCAUUUUUGACGAUUUAAAUGUGAACAAAGCGGCAGAGAUAGGAAUACGCAAUGAUCAACACGAAGCGGACAUCUUAAAUGUAGAAGAGAACGUGAAUAACAUUUACCCUCUGGAUGAAAUAAGCACAUUUAAUGAUGUCCUAUACAGAGAGAGAAAAAUGUUCAGCCUGGAAACUGAAUAUUCCACCACAAGUUAUGUACUAGCGAAAUUUGUAUUUGACGUGAACGUCGAAGAAGAAGAUGAAGAGGACAUCAUGUCUCUUUUAAUUGAAACAGAAUUGAAUAUGAAAAAAAAAAAAUUGGACGUUAUAACGAAAAAGGAUGGCGAUGCAGAGCAAGGGGAAAAAGUCAACAGCAGUGAUAUAAAGUCGGACUACUCGCAAUCAGCUGACUUGUACAAGAAGAAACAUCCACAAUCGUUUACACAAUUCAUUGGACUGCUGGUAAGUAUAGUGUCCAUGGCUACCUCCAUCUCAGGUGCCAUUUCAGCUGUCGCGCCAGCUUUUUCAGGCACGCCCAGCCCCUCCCCCCCCGAAUUCUUGGGGGAUGAAGCAUGGGUACUGCCCACCUAUGAGCAGAGAAAAAUUUCCAGGGGGGAAGGCCCCAAGGGUAGGGAAGGUAGGGGCGCUCGAAAGGAGGAGGACGACUACUAUGAUGAUGACUAUUAUGAUGAUGACUACUACGAAGACGACUACUACGAAGACGACUACUACGAUGACGACUACUACGAUGACUAUGGUGGUGACUAUGACAAUGAGUACCGCUUCUAA